AUGCCCGUCGCGUUCGCAUCCCCAGACACUUUGCUCGACAUCGAGCUCGAGAUUGUGUCGGCCAAGGGCAUUGACGCCGGCGACUACCUCGGCCUGACGGCCGCUCUCAAGGGUGAGCUCUCCUCGAGUGACGCUUACGUUUACAUUGAGAUUGACGGCCAGAAGGUUGCCUGGACGCGGCCGAUCUUCGACACGCUCAAGCCCGAGUGGAACGAGAAGUUCGUCUUCAAGAACGUCCAGCACUCGUCCGUGUUCAAGUUUUCGCUCUUCGACAAGGAUGUGGACGCCGACGACGAGCUGGGCGAGGCGCAGUUCAUUGCCAACACUGCCAUGUACGACACGGAGACCGCGUUCGACCUGCCGAUCACCAUGGCCGGCAGAAAUGCCGGCACCCUCAGCAUCAAGGUGAACUCGCACCCUGUAAGCUCCGAUGAAGACGCAGUGCUGCAGGAGGUCGGACCUGUGCGCUACUCGGUGCAUUCGAGCAUGUCGGCCGGACUUCUGGCCAUGCUAACGUCCAACGACGACCGACUCGAGUCCUUGGCGUACCGCGUCCAGCUGCACAACAUCCCGCAAUUCUUGUCGAAGGACCACGAGUGGAACAAAAACUACCCGACGAUCCAGCGGAUCUUCUCGCCAGACUACCCGGAGUCGCCUGUGCUUCGCCAGGCGGUUAUGACGCAGCACGCCGUGAUUUACUCGCACGGUACGAACGACACAAAGUACGGCGCGGUUUCCUCGCCCAACGAGUUCUUCGAGCUCAUCCACAACGGUAGACGUCAGGACAAGCCCGUGCUCUUCACGUACGUCAUUACCAAUAAGGGCUGGUACUUCUCCGAGACUGGAGCAGACUUCUUCAAGGACAUGCUCUCCAAGCACAUGCUGCACUCGGGAGCCGCCUUCUCUGUCAAGUACGCGGGCGAGUUCCGCAUUGACACCGACCGGUUCGACGAGCCCACUCUGGUUAUCGACAACAACAGCGGCACGUACGCGCCGCCCGCCGAGGACCUGCCCCAGCUCCAGGCUCUCAUGGAAAACAACUUUCCUGGAAUUAACUGCAUCGCGCUCGACCAAAACGACGAAACGCUGCAGGAGGCGCGCAAGGAGAUUUUGGCCGCAUGGGAGUAA